CCUCUUGAUGAAGAGUUUAGAUGUGGAACUCUCCUUUCCCCAGUCACCGCCAGGCUCCAACCUCUUCAGUGGUACGAGGAGGGGGACGCUGUUUCUCACCUCGUACCGGGUGAUUUUUGUGACCUCACAUCCAAACAACGAUCCCAUGUUGUCUUUUACGAUGCCAUUUCAUCUCAUGAGUAACUGCAGCGUUGAACAGCCAGUCUUUAGUGCAAACUACAUUAAAGGGACGAUUCAGGCAGUUCCAGAUGGUGGCUGGGAAGGGUCCGCUACCUUUAAAAUGGUCUUCAGGAAAGGAGGUGCUAUCGACUUCGCCCAGUUGAUGGCCAAAGCUGCCUCUGCCACUGCCCAAGGAUUUCCACUCAGAGUUGCAAGUUUCUGGAUGGGCCCUCCAGGCAUUUAUCUUGUUCCUGGGGAGAGGCACAUGUAUGCCCCACAGGCAAGCCAAGCUGCCUAUGGAGUCCCACCUGCAGGAUACGGAGCCCCACCCCCCAGAUAUGAUGUCCUGCCUCCAGGAUACGGAGCUGAGAGAUUCAGAUCCCCUCCUCCUCUAUACGUAGCUACCCCUGCGGGCUAUGGAGUGCCCCCUCCUGGCUAUGGAGCUCCGCCCCCUGGGUACGAAGCCCCGCCUCCUGAAUAUGAAGACCCCGCUGUGGAGUACGGAGUCCCACCUUCCAGAUACGAAACUACACCUGUGCAGUCUGGAUCCCCACCUCCCAGAUAUGAAGCCCCACCUGUGGAGUAUGGAGCUCCCCCUUCGGGAUCUGGGUCCAUACCUUCUGGAUCCAGAGCCCGCGGGGGGGCACGUGAAACUCCACCGGCUGGGUCUGCGGCAGCCCACACUCACGGAUUUCAGGCAUCUUUUCCCUCCACCUCGUCUUCGCGGGCCCGUUCUCCCCCUUCUAAGAAGUGA